AGUGAUUGUAAAUCUAUGAAAAUCACAUUUGGGCUGAUAAAAAUUGAACUUCUGUUGACAGAGCCAAGAAUCAGCGAUUGGGUGAAGGAUGUCGACCAGAGAGUGAACUUCGGCAUCGAAUUCGGCAAGACCCGUAAAUUCAUCAAGGAUCGUGACGUGGUGGUGGUGAUCACCGGCUGGAAGCAGGGUUCCGGAUUCACCAACACCAUGCGCAUUGUGACCGUGGAGUGAGAAGUGAGCACGGGGUGGUCUUAACAAGGCACCUGGGGGGCUUAGCAGUCAUGCAGUUUUAAACUGACGACAAUACACCCUAAAACCUGUGACCAAACAGCUUUUUUCCUGGAAAUAUUUAUGUAAAUGUUACUGCAACCCAGUUGUAAACUUAUUUAUUUCGUAGGUUAUUGAAUCAUAAUUUUGCUAAGGUAUUAUGAGAAGUGAUGGAGAAUUUAGAAUUAUUUUGAGAUUAUUUUCAAUGUGAUAUAAAGAUUAAAGAUUAUUAAUAACAGUUAAA